AUGGCAGGUGCAGCGAAAGAUAAGGAUAAGGAGAGCGAUGGGGACGAAGAAGUCUUUCACGAUGCUCGUUUUACCCCAGACGAAGAAGUUGAACUGUUAAGCCAGUCGCAUAGCCACAAAGCUGCUGCGAACACACUGUUUUCUGCUUCUAACUACUCAGAGGCUAUCACUACAUACGAUCGAGCUCUCGCCGUUUGCCCUAACUACCUUGAUUAUGAGGUAGCCGUUUUAAAGAGCAACAUCGCAGCAUGCCAUUUGAAACUGGAAGAGUGGGAGUCGGCUGUAGACACAGCUACAUCGAGCAUAUCAUGUCUAGACCGUUUGAUGCCUAUGACCGUCCCUACCACCACCUUGCAAGCCAGUGCGGAUGCGGAUAAAGCUUCAAAUAUGACAGCAGACGCCACCCCAACGAUCGUUGAGUUACCGGACGAUACAAGCUCGGAGCAGGAAGAUGAAGCGCUUCGCAAGCUGAAAGAAAACGAUACACGCAGGCAAGACAUACUACGUAUAAGAGGCAAGUCCCUGAUGCGGAGAGCAAAGGCAAGAAUGCAGUUGGCCGGCUGGGCGAAUCUCCAGGGUGCGGAGGAGGACUAUAAGAGCCUGCUGGCUCUGGGAAAUCUUCCUCCGCAAGACACGCGAGCGGUGAAGAUCACUUUACGAGACUUGCCUGCCAAAAUCAAUGUAGCAAAGGAUAAAGAAAUGGCCGAGAUGAUGGGUAAACUAAAAGACCUCGGAAACGGAAUCCUCAAGCCAUUCGGUCUAUCCACAGAUAAUUUCAAGUUCGUCAAGGACGAGAAAACCGGUGGCUACAGCAUGGGGUUCGAGAAGUGA